CAGUUUGAAACGAAUGUAAGAAUCAAGGGUAGAGUCAUCAUGAACAAAGACCGCCUUUCUUCCCCUCUUUCCGUCGCGCAGUAGGCCGCACCAGGGAGUUGCAGCGGCAGCUUUUCUCUUCUGAUUUGGAUUUCAAUUCCUUCAAAAUUUGAGGUAGCGAUUUGGAUCAGGAGGGCCAUCCUGGAGGACUUUGACGCAUCCAGAUCAGAUCCAGUUCACAUCCAUCCGGUCGUCUCUUAUGUUCCCCACCGACGCGUCUCUUGCCUUCACCGCCACCGUCUUCGUCGCCCGUCGCCUAGGAACCGGUGUGUGUGGAUGUCGUCUUCAUUGCGGUCAUCGUUCCUUGUCUAGGGCUUAUACCUCCCUUCGUCGUUUGUCAUUGUCAGGCGUCUCCGUCAAUCGCAUCCCGACACCCUCAAGCCGUUUCCAGGUAUUCGUCCAAUGGAACUCUUCUCAGAUCGGAUUCUCCUUCCCUCGGAUUUGUGUGCCUCAAUGAAAUGAGAGGUUCGAUUUUUUUCCCUUUUACAUUUUGCGACCUAGUUCGAUUACGAUUGAGUACAUCGGAACUUGCUUCGCUGGUGCUAAGCAACAAUCAUAUUGCACAGUUUAUUCUCCAUAUCAAAGUAAGACCUUUUUCUUACUGCCUUAUUUUGAACUUUCUGUUUUAUUUUGCUCACUGGGAAGAGCUUGGAAAUGAUAGUGAUCAUGUUUGAAAUGUUAUUGUAAUUGCCAGUUGAUGCAGUUGACUGUUAGUUCUUGUUGACAAUGGCCCUCUAGUUUUUGAUUAGUUUAUUGUUCAGAUAAUUUGUUUGUUACUGGUUUAAUUGGCUGUGGUAGCCCCUUUGAUGUAGCGAGUGUUGGACUUGAAGACGUUGAACCUUUUGUUCUUCUCGUCGAGGUUGGUAGACAGUGUGUGGUAGCCCCUCCACCUCUCGUACAUCUCCCACAAGCUCUCCUCGCUCUCCAACUCCCUAUCGUCGUAUUCAAAGCCUUCUUCUAUCCUAACAACCAAAGCUAAUAAGUUAAUUGGGAAUAGCACUCUACUUUUCAGUUGGCCGCUGGUUCAUUUACCUCUGCAAUUGAAGCUACUUCAGCUGGUUAUGCUGCAGCUUCAGUUGGCUAUGUUAUUGGGUUUUGGUUUUAGGAGGUUAUUCUUUGUUGUACAGUUGGUAAUGCUGCGGUUUGGUUUUCAAAGUUUUGAAAAUGAACACAAUUUUGUUUGGUGGAUGGCUAAGUGCAACAUCUAGGUUUAGUGGUAUUGGAUUUUGGCUUCGUUUUUUACAAUGGCUCUUGAUGUUUC